AUGGCAACAAUCCAAAUUCUAGACGGAGGCCUUGGCACCUCCCUGGACGAUCUAUACAACAUAAAAUUCGAUUCAACAACAACCCCACUCUGGGCCUCACACCUUCUCGUGAGCGAUCCAGCAACGCUACAAGCAUGCCAACGCGACUUCGGCGUCGCCGGAGUAGACAUCCUCCUAACAGCAACCUAUCAAGUCUCCGCUGAAGGAUUUGCACGCACCAAAACUGCGCAAUUCCCAGACGGAAUCCCACGCAGCGCAGUAGGACCCUUCCUACGGAGCGCCGUGGACAUCGCCGAGCAAGCUAAAGUGCGCGAGAGCGCAAGCAUCGCGCUCAGUCUUGGCCCGUAUGGUGCGUGCAUGAUCCCGGGCCAGGAAUAUAGCGGUGCGUACGACGCCGAGCACGACGAUGAGGAAUCGUUGUAUUUGUGGCACUUGGAUCGUUUGCGGAUGUUUGCUGAGGCCGACGGGGAGAUUGCGUCGCGGGUGCAGUAUGUUGCGUUUGAGACGCUUCCUCGGCUUGAUGAGGUUCGCGCUGUGAGGAGGGCGAUUCGGGAUUCUGCUUUCGAUGUGCCGUUUUGGAUUGCUUGUGUUUUCCCGCGAGAUGAUGAUGUCUUGCCUGAUGGGAGCUCGGUGGAGGAGGUUGUUCGAGCUGCUGUUGCGCCUAUGGAGAACGGGGCUGUGCCUUGGGGAAUUGGGAUCAAUUGUACUAAGAUGCAUAAGCUUACUGGGCUUGUUGAUUUGUUUGGUCUGGCUGUUGCGGGGGGUGUUUCGGAAGGGUGGGUGUCUGCUGUGCCGAAUUUGGUUCUCUAUCCUGAUGGGACGAACGGGGAGGUAUACAAUACUAAGACGCAGGUUUGGGAGAAAGAUGAGGCCUUGGUUGAUAAGGUGAGUGCUAAGCGACCUUGGGAGGAGCAGUUGGCGCAAGUGGUCAAUGAAGCCUACGAAAAGGGCCCUUUCAAUUCCUUCCUUGUGGGCGGGUGCUGCAAGGCUUCACACCACGAUAUCAAGAAACUUGGACAGCAAUUCAAGACUCAGUAG